GGAGGCACGUUUGUACUAACACGUGAGGAUAUCAACACCAACCAACCGCACCGUAAAAAAGGCAACAUGGCGAAGAAUAAGCAGAAAGGGAAAAAACAGACGAAUGUCUUUCAAGUUGCAAACAAGCACUUGAAGCCCAAGAACAAAGCGAAACCUGUCACAACAACGCUCAAACACAUCAAUGCAGUGAAAAAUGAGAAGGUGGAGAACCUCAAUCAAAUCUUCACAGAAGUCCAGAGGGAUGUUAAGAGUGUUUCGAAGUCUAUUGCUCCUGAACCAAAGAAACAAACACAGAUCGUCAGAGAGCCACCAAAGGAAUCCGUAAAUGUAGACAAUGCUGCUCAGCUCUUCUCUCAACUAUAAUGGACCAUGAAAGUGGGACUGUCAUAAUCUCUGAGGACAAACGCACUGUUGUGGUCUCUCUUCAUUGGACAUAUGAAACAACAGUUUACUUCCAAUGCAUGCUGACAUUUCAUGUCGAACUGGUGACUGCAGAUAAGAUGAAAAUGAAAAGAGGUUACAGUGAUUGCAUGUUAGUUAAACCUUGUGUGUAAUUUAUGCAUUUUGUAUAUUUGCUGCAAAGAAAUGGAAGCAAUUACAGACUUGUGCGCUGUCAGUUGGGAUAUUGUUUCAGAAACAUGUUGUAGGAUAUUUUCUAAUUUUGAUGAAUAAUGUUCUUUUGUGUAGAAAUGUUUGCUUUCUCCUGGGGUUACAACUAAUAACUAUUUUAAUUAUUUAUAAAUCUGCUUAUUUCCCUGAAUAAUUGGUGACUCAUUCUGUUAAUAGAAUAUCAGAAAAUAGUGAAACAUUCCCAUUACAUUGUGUAUGUCUUCAAAUUGCUUGUUUUUUUCCCCUCGACCUCCAAGGACAAACCCCCAAAUUGUAUACAGGAUGUUAUUACAUGGGCUCAGGGACACUUCAGAAAACUGCCGUCAGUAAACACAGUUUGUUUGCAAAUGAUUGAAUUCUGUUUUUGUGUACGUUUUAUGCAGCGUCCCAACUUGUUUGGAAUCAGGGUUGAAGUUGCUAAUUAGUUUUCUGUCGACAGUUAAUGAAUCGGCUGAUUAUGAUGAUUGAUUGGGGUGCCGCGUCCUUCAUCGUCUUCAAUCUGUAUGCAAUUAAAGACAGUUCAUGAAGUUGUUUUAAAUAUUUUCAAAAUGAUUACAUUAUAUAACCAUGCGCAAAUGAGCACACUCUCUUUGAGUUUUGUUUUGCCAGACAGUUCAAGUUUUUCAUA